AUGCCAGGUUUUGGGACUUCCAGCAUGGCUGAUGAAACUGGCAAUGACAGUCAGAUGUUCGAAGGUAAUGAGAUUGUUGACCCUGGUAAUGAGGCAGUCCAUGGUGAUGAGGCAGUCCAAGGUGGCGAGUUGGUCGAAGUUGAUGAACUAGCUCAAGGUGACGAGUUGGCUCAAGGCGAGGACUUAACACAGGGUGACGAAUUGCUCCAAGGGAAUGAGAUGGCCAUCACUGAGGUGGCCACUCCUCCAACCACGAGGCGCCGGAGAAAGAAGUCCCUGGUGUGGGAGCACUUCACUAUUGAAGAUGCUGCUGGAGGGGCUACUCGGGCUUGCUGCAAACUUUGCAAGCAAACCUUUGCGUACAGCUCUGGUUCAAAAAUUGCUGGGACUAGCCAUCUCAAGAGGCACAUCACCUUGGGUUCCUGUCCUAAGAUAAAAGGCCAAGGGCAUAAGCUAGCAAUUACAAUUGGGACUGACAAUGAUGGUGAUGGUACUGUGGAGAGGCGGUCUAAGAGGCGUUACAGAUAUACUGGUUAUGCGAAUGCGUCUUUUGAUCAAGACCGCAGUUAUUCAUACUUGGCAAAGAUGAUCAUUUUGCAUGACUAUCCGCUCCACAUUGUUCAACAACCAGCCUUCACUGCUUUUAUUGAUAGUCUGCAGCCUCGUUUCAGGGUUGUUGAUGUUGAUGCAAUGGAGGUGGAGGUUUAUGCUGUUUAUCAGAAAGAAAAAGAGAACCUUUUGCAAGCAUUCAGCGCUAUGCCUGGAAGGAUCAGCCUCACCAUUGGAUUGUGGACAACUAGUCAAACUCUUGGCUAUGUUUCAGUUUCUGGGCAGUUCAUUGACUCUGAAUGGAAAUUACAUCGAAGAAUGCUUAGCUUCAUGAUGGUGUCUUCGCCUCAUUCGGACAAUGCACUUAGUGAAGCUAUUAGCUCAAGCCUUACUGACUGGGGUAUGAAGGAGAAGCUAUUUACCAUCACGUUGGAUAAUGAUUCCUUAUCUCAUGACAUCUACAGUGCAAAUCUGAGAGAUCAGCUCUCCAGUAAGAAUAACCUCAUGCUUAAGGGUCAGCUAUUUGUUGUGAGGUGCUAUGCCCAUAUCCUGGAUGCGGCUGCACAAGAUGUCAUUGCUUUAAUCCACGGUGUCAUCUACAGCAUCCGCGAAAGCAUAAAGUUCAUAAAAGCUUCUCCUAGUCGUGAGGAAAAGUUUGCUGAGAUUGCUCUGCAGCUGGAGAUCCCCAGUACGAAGACCCUUUGUCUGGAUGUUACAACCCAGUGGAACACAACCUAUCUGAUGCUCUUGGCUGCCUUGGAUUAUAGGCAGGCUUUCAUUACACUAGAAACAGUUGAUGAAAACUACAAUGAAGCACCUUCAGCUGAGGACUGGAAAAAAAUUGAGGCUGCCUGCAAUUACUUGAGGCUGCUCUAUGACUCGGCUCAUAGCAUCAUGGCAGCAGGAAACCCAACCUCAAACAUUUUCUUCCAUGAAGCUUGGAAACUGCAGCUAGAGCUGGGAAAUGGUUCAGCACACGAAGAUCCAAUUUUCAGUAGCAUCGCCAAAGACAUGUAUGAGAGGUUUGACAAAUACUGGAAAGAUUGCAACCUUGUGUUAGCUGUUGCUGUUGUGAUGGAUCCACGUUUUAAGAUGAAGCUUGUUGAGUUCAGUUACUCAAAGAUUUACGGCGUUGAGGCUGCAAAGUAUGUUAAGGUGGUAAAUGAUUCGGUGCAUGACCUUUUUAAGGAUUAUGUGGCACAGCCGCUCCCCUUAACACCGGCCUAUGCUGAACAAGGGAAAACUGAUAAUGCUACUGCCAAUGGGAACAACACCCAAGCAACUCAACCUUCAACUGGUGAUGGCCUUCAAGACUUUGAUAUAUAUCUUUCUGAGAUUGCUACAACCCAGCCCUCAAAAUCUGAGCUAGAGCAGUACCUGGACGAGUCUCUUACUCCUCGCAUCCAAGAGUUCGACAUUCUCAAUUGGUGGAAGCUCAACAUGCAGAAGUAUCCGACGCUCUCAAAGAUGGCGCGGGAUAUCUUGGCCAUCCCAGUGUCCAUGGUGACCGGCGGCACCUCUAUAUUUUCUGCAGGAACAGGGUGCCAUGUGCUCGACGACUACAGAAGCUCGCUCCGUCCGGAAAUCGUGGAGGCGCUCGUCUGUGCAAAGGACUGGCUUCCGAAUUCGACCGCCGCACCGGAGGCCGUGCCGGGCUCUGGGCUUCUCAAGAUGGACUAG